AAUAGAAGACGGCGAGACGAAGGUACGGUACAGACACGGCGCAGAUACGGUGCAGGCGCGAUAUCUGCGCAAACAGACGCGGGGACGAUACGGCAAGUUAAGUCAUUAUAGAGCGUGAUAUUGACGGGAUAAGACAUGUAUUCCUCUUCAGACGAAGAUGAAGAUGCACUGGCUUUGCUACAGAUUAUUAAUUUACAGCAAAGACCAAGAAGGUAUUGGAUACAUCCAGUGUGGAGAAAUGCAGAAGAGCACAGGUACUAUAAAAUAAUGGAAACAUUAUAUGAAUAUCCUGAUCGUUUUCGCACAGUUUAUAAAAUGUCACUGGAAUGUUACCAUAUCGUAUUGUCAAAAGUAAGAGAAGGACUUCGGAAGCAAGUAACAAAUUGGAGAAAACCAAUCAGCCCUGAAGAAAGACUACUGAUAACUUUAAGAUACUACUCAGAUGGCUGUUCGUUUACAUCACUUUCUGGAUAUGUAUUGAGAGGAGGCAGUACCGUCCGGCAAAUUGUGCAUGAAACCUCUAGCGUUUUGUGGGAAUGCCUACAGCCGGAAUAUAUGCCUGUACCUACACGACAAAAAUGGGUAGAAGUUGCUGAACGGUUUUACACUCUCUGGAAUUUACCGAAUUGUGUUGGGAGUUUAGAUGGAAAGCAUAUUAGAAUUACAGCGCCCAUCAACUCGGGUUCGACUUUCAUAAAUUAUAAGGGAUAUUUCUCUAUUGUAUUGUUAGCAGUUGUAGAUGCAGAUGGUUUCUUUUUAACUAUAGAUGUUGGUGAAUACGGCCGAAAUAGUGAUGGGCGAGUAUUACAAGUUAGCUCUUUUGGACAAGCUAUGGAUCUAGGCGAUCUCGAUUUACCGAACCCUACACCUUUGCCUGGAGAAACACAGAAUGUGCCCUUUUAUUUUGUGGCAGAUGAAGCUUUUCCACUAAAAAGAAAUAUUAUGAGACCAUAUGGUCGAAAUCAAUUGACUAAUGAGAGAAGAGCUUAUAAUAACAGGUUGUCAAGGGCACGUAAGUCAGUAGAAUGUGCCUAUGGUAUGUUAGCGUCAAAGUUUGGUGGACUUUACACGCCUAUUUGCUGCAAACCAGAAUAUGUUGAUAAUAUUAUAAAAGCAAUGUGUGUGUUGCAUAACGUAAUUCGCACAUGUGAUGGUAAAAAAUCAAAUCCACGGUUUAGAAAUAAUUUGAUAGGAGCAAACAUUAACAUGCGAUUAAUGGGAGAAAAUCCCUACCAUAUCAGGGAAUAUCUUACAACAUAUCUAACACAACGAUCUCCGAUUCCGUUUCAGACUAGACAUAAUGUUUAAAAUUUAAAUAAAAUACAUACCUGUU